UUCAAACAAUCAAAAAAUUGAUCAGAGAUUUAACUAUUGAUGAAUAUGAAAUCGAAAAUUUACAGCGUAAAGUAAAUUUAAUUAAUGAAGUGAAGAAUAAAUUAAUUAUUCUCUCUGAAAUGGCGGAAAAAAGUCGAAACUUUCGUUCGACGUAUUAUGAUAAAGUAGGAUUCCGUGGUGUUGAAGAAAAGAAGGCUUUGGAAAUUUUAAUAAAUGAAAAACCUAUGGAUAAGGAGAAGAUGUCCAAAUUUUGUUUGAGAUUUACUUUACCCUCUAUGUAUCGAGAAUAUGUGUGGAAAAUUUUGCUGGAUGUUUUGCCAUGUGUUUCUGAGUGUCAUGAAUCCAUAAUAAACCAAAGAGCUUUACAUUACGAGGAUCUUGAAAAUUCAUUAAAAGUAAUGCGGAAAAUUGAUGAAACUACACAUAAAUCUACAGUACACACAUUGAUGUAUUUAAUGACUCUUGACGUGUUGGAGUUUGAUUUAGAAGCACAAUUAUCAAGCUCAAGUGUUCAAAGUUUAAUUGCUCUUGCAUCUUUUUUUCUAAAAUUCAGUUCAUCUGAUGUGAUUGCCUACUGGUUGUUUCGUAAUUUUACUUUGCAUCUAAAGAAACAGCACUCUAAUUUUAAAAAUCAGACUGAAAAUGUGGAGUCAAUUUUAAGAAAAGAAGAUGAAGUUUUGCAUGAACAUUUAAAACUUACCAAGGCCUUCGAUGUUUUACCCUUAAAUGCAUGGUUUGAGAGAUGCUUUGCCAAAGUGUUACAUGAAAGCUCCUUGGUAAGGGUCUGUGAUAAAGUGAUUGGCGGAAGCAGCAAGAUUUUACCAUAUGUUGGAAUAGCCAUGUUGAUUGUUCAUAGGAAUCAAUUAAUCUGUAUGAGCAAUUCUGAGGAGAUAGUUGAACUGCUUGUAAAAAACUCAGAAGACACGUCUGAUGUCAUAGUUAAUAAAGCUUUAGAUAUGUAUUCUAGCUGAUGCCUAUUAUAUUUUUAAUGGACUAUUAUGUGAAACAAAGAAUGGAGCUGAAUAAACAGGUACUUUUCUCAAAAAAGAAUUUGAUAUUUAUUUGAAGAUAUAACAAGAAUCCUCUGAAGAUUACUUUUGUACAGUUGUCAUUUCUAAUCAUAUUUGUGUUACAUGUGUUUGCUGCAUUUAUGCGCCAAAAGUUUAAAUGAUUUUUAAUAAAUUUAUGAAAUUAUUGUAAUGUUAAAAA